GGUUCCAGUCAACUCUUCAACUUCCCUCCAAUCUUCUUCCAAGAAUACCAUCGGUUUCCAUAUUACAAUUUAUUUCUUCAACGGAUCUAUAUAUAUAGAUUGUUUUACAUUCCUCACAUUGUCCAUCUACAUCUACUUUUUAUUCAAUCCAUAUCUGAGGUUUACAUAUCGCUCUACAAACAUAUUAUUGCUAUGUCUGAAGGUUCAUCAAGUCUACCAUGGUUCUUAAGGUUAAUGAAUGUAGCAGAUACAGUUAUUUUGUGCAUUCCAGAUGAUGCUGUUUGCAAACUAUGGGGUGUUUAUAAAGGUCCUACCAAUGUUAUGAUACACACUGAAGAUGGCCGAGAGUUUAAUGUUUCUUUAAGCGGUGCUAAAGGAAAGUUAUUCCUCUUCCAUGGUUGGUCCAAUGUUGUAGAACAUUUGAGUCUAACGAAAGGUUGUUUGGUAGUAUUUAAUCCCAUUUCGUCUACUACUUUUAAAUUAACAUCUUACGUUGAUGGCGUUAGUCGUGGCUCUUUUUGGACGUAUUUGCUACCUCCAUCAUCGCAUUUUUAUGUAAGAUUUAUUAUUUAUUUUUUCUUAUUGUCAUUCCUGAAAGCAUCCUGCCAAAAGUUGAUCAAUAUUCAUCAAAUGAUGUAA